UUGCCAUUAUUUAAAAAAAAUGACAGUGACAAGUGACAACUGUUUGAAUUCUGCAAUAUAGGUUAUGUUUAUUUUAUAAUUAUUUAAUCCUGACAAAUAAAUAAUAACUACAACAGUUAUUUAGCAAAUAUAACCAUCAUCUUUGAAGCUCACAUACAAAAUAAAAUGAAAGCCCUCAUACAGCGUGUUAAAAAUGCUAAAGUAACCGUAAAUGAUGAAGUAAUAAGCAGUAUAGAGCAAGGCGCUUGUAUAUUAAUUGGGAUCUGCAGUAGCGAUACUAUUAAGGACAUGGAGUACAUAGCUCGUAAGAUAUUAAGUAUAAGGAUAUUUGAUGAUGAAAAUCAUAAAAGAUGGCAGAAAAGUAUUGUUGACAAACAGUUUGAAAUUCUUUGUGUCAGUCAAUUCACUCUAUACAAUACAUGGAAGGGUAACAAGCCGGAUUUUCACAAGGCGAUGGCUGCUGACAGAUCAAAGGAGUUCUAUGAACAAUUCAUUCAAAUGCUUAAGGAUAAAUAUAAGCCAGAUAAAGUUAAAGAUGGUCUAUUUGGUGCAUACAUGCAAGUAUCAAUACAAAAUGACGGUCCUGUCACAUUGGAGAUAGAGUCUCCAGCUCAGAUACAAAACAAAACAUCCAAUAGUACAGAUGCUGUAGAAAGAAAAGAUGAAGUUUCUAAUAGGUAAUCAUACUUCAUACUAUUAUAAACUAGCUUUGGCCCGUGACUCCGUCUGCGUGGAAUUAAAAAAACACAAA